UCAAGAUAUAUUUGCCUCACUAUUUCGUUUGUGCUCCUUAAACAUGUUUAAAAGUGAUAAGAGUUUGCAUUUGUCCAUUCAUUGUCAGAAUACAUUAAUGCACAACAUUUUACUGUCCAUGUUUUCUACUGUCCUACCAAUUCUGUAUUGGAUAUUUCUACAGUUUAGGUCUAAUCAUUUUGUAUUGGAUAGCCUAAUUAUUUGCCACUAUAACAGACAAGUAUGUGAAGAUUAUGUCAAUUUUUUUUAUGAUAGAUUAUAAGAUUAUAGACAAACCCACCCAAUGACUGCUCUCUCUCUCUCUCUCUCUCUCUCUCUCCUGUGCAAGUUGCAACAGGAACUCAACUUCUUAAAGCUCAUCUCGAGAACCUGCAUCUGCGCUCUGCGCUGAAGCCCUGCGCGUCGGAGCGGAUCUCUGGAUGUGGUUUACAAUGGGACCGGAUCUCACCUUACAAACUGUCGCACGAGGAAAACUAACAUUUACAUUAAACACUGAGACGAGCUGCACUUGCAAAUGGAUGUUCAGAGAGACGUGCUACGUUUUAUCUGACACUGUAUGAAGCUGCUUGUAAAGCGUAAUUUCGAAGUUUAGUACAAUGCGGAAACGCAAGGCUUGUUUUUCAAUUCGGUCCACGAUUUUACGGUCCAACUGACCUUUAUGUAACUAACUGAAAGCGCGUUCGUCUGCGAUCUUGCCUGCGAGCAUCAUCCGUGGAAAGCACUUGGAAUCAGCAUCACCAAUGGCUUGAUCAUCCGGUUCAUUGUCUUUGAAAUGGAUGAUAGAUCCAACAAACUCCUUUUAGUUCCUGUUUUGACCGUUUUAUUUGUCAUGAUCGGUUAUCAGUACAUCUGUCCAGCAGGGAGCAUGUCCUGUCGGUUCGGUAAUGGAGAGAGUUCUCCGUUCUCCAAAUAUCCAGCAGACGUCAAGAGAGACUCUCCGGAUCGGGACGAGGACGCUCCGUUCAGAUUCCCGUCUAAAUUCAACUUCACGCGCGAGGACCUCUAUCGCCACGUGGAUUUCGACAUCAAGGGGAACGACGUGAUCGUGUUCCUCCACAUCCAGAAGACCGGAGGAACGACGUUCGGGAGGCACCUGGUGCGCAACAUCCACCUGGAGCGCCCGUGCGACUGCCGCUCCGGACAGAAGAAAUGCACGUGUCACCGGCCCGGUAAAGCGGAGUCGUGGCUCUUCUCGCGCUUCUCCACGGGAUGGAGUUGCGGGUUGCACGCGGACUGGACCGAGCUCACGAACUGCGUCCCUGCUGUGAUGAAUAAAAAGCAAAAGAAAGACGCGCCACUCAACAGACGGAACUUUUACUACAUCACGCUGUUGCGAGACCCUGUGUCGCGUUACCUGAGCGAGUGGAAGCACGUGCAGCGCGGCGCCACGUGGAAGACAGCACUGCACAUGUGUGACGGGCGUCCUCCCACUCCAGACGAGCUGCCGGCCUGCUACAGCAGUGAAGACUGGACCGGCGUGUCUCUGGAGGAGUUCAUGACCUGUCCCUCGAACCUGGCCAACAACCGACAGACUCGCAUGCUGGCUGAUCUCAGCCUGGUGGGCUGCUACAACCUGUCCUCCAUGAGUGAAGAGCGGCGCGCCGAGCUGCUCCUCAGCAGUGCCAAGCGCAACCUGCUUCGCAUGGCGUUCUUCGGCCUAACUGAGUUCCAGCGCAAAACACAGUUCCUUUUUGAGAGGACGUUCGGCUUGCACUUCAUCACCGCCUUCACUCAGAUUAACGGGACGCGGGCGGCCGGGGUCACGGUUGGGACAUCUACCCGGAGGCGCAUAGAGGAGUUGAACGCUUUAGACAUGCAGUUGUAUGAAUAUGCGCGGGAGCUUUUCUCACAGCGCGUGCAGUACUGCCACCAUCAGGAGCGGCAGGAGGAGAGAGAGAGGAAACGACAGCAACGCAGGAGAAUGAAGGAACAGAAAGCUUCACAGAUUCAACAACAGGAGGAUGACGAACAAAAAGACUUGGAGCAGGAAAAUACGGAGUUAACUGGGGUGACGGAGGACUACAGCAGUCAGGUGGUGCGGUGGUGAUUCUGUGCUCUCUGGUUCCGUUCAGAAUAACAUACGACUCUUACUAACUUGAUAGUAUAUAGUAUGCAUACUGUGCAGAAUAUGCAGUAUACCUACUAUCCACUUUAAACAGUUUUUUCCAUUGAACCGUUUUGGGUUCCCCAUUGAACCUUUUUAGUGAACAGUUCUUAAAAUAAAAAUUUUUCCUUACUUUUAAGAAUAUUCAAUAAUCUAUUGAAUCAUUUCUACUAUAAAGAACCUUUUAUAGAAUGGAAAGGUUCUAUGGAUGUUAAAGGUUUUUCAUGGAACUUUGCAUGUCAGUAAAGAACCUAAAUGUGCAUUCUAAAGAAGUUUCUGUAUAGUGGUUAUUGGAUUUUGAAAAUAUUCUUCACACUACAAAAAAAUGAAAUAUAAAAAUAUUUUAAGAAAAGGUUAAGUGAAAGGUUCUUUGAGGAAGCAAAAAUGGUUCUUCUAUUGCAUCGCUAUGAAAGCCUCCCUUUGGAACCUUUAUUUUUAAGAGCACGCUGAAAUGGAAGAACCAAUUAGAUGGAGCAAAACAAAUGUGGAUGUUUUUUUACUUGACAAAUGUGGUGCAAUGGCCAAAUAUGUCCAUCUGAUGCAUGUUUACAUAGCUCAGUCGUUUAAAAAUAGCACAGAUGGAGCACAAAAAAACACACAAUGUGAAUGGGCCCAAAGCAGUAUGUGCUUCACCUUCACUUAAGUGAGCAUCAUCUACACAUUUUUGGCACUGAUAUGUGCUUGUUUGUCACUCUAAAACUUUCUUAGACUAUUUAUUUUGCUGUCCUAACCAUGCAUCAUUAUGUAGUUGCAGUUUAACCAUGUAAAGAUUAAAUAGUCAGACAAAUUCAUUUUUGAAAUGAGAGAGUUUAUUUAUGGAACAGGUUUAACAUGGUUUUCCUAAAAAAGUAUGUAUGGAUGACUAAGUACGUCUUUCAAGUAAUGUCUUUUUGCAUAUCAAAUAUGAAACAGUAGGCUUUAUAGGGUUAGUAUUUGUAUUUAGCUUUGUUUCCACUACUCGAACACCCUUGAAUUGCAACUUAUUAUUUGAGAACCACUGCAAGGAAUGAGGUUAUCAAACAGUGCAAUGUGCUUAAGUUGACAUUCCUUUCUCAGAGUCAUCAAUGAAACAGAAGUAAGAUUAACUGUGAUUUUCAGUUGGUAUGCACAAUAUAUCGGUACCAUAACAGUUAGCUGAUAUUAAGGAUUUUUGCUAAAAGGCUUCCUUCCACAGUUGCCAUCCUUCACAAAACUUAAUAUCUACAACUGUUUUACCACUGCAAACUGUUUCAAUACAAGCAUUUCAGUCAAAUGUAAUUUAUGCAAUAUUUCAAACCUUUUACCCAUGGGAGAAAAUCGACCCACCACAACAGUUGAUUCUGUGGGAAAUAAUGGACAUGUCCAGGAGAAAGAGGACGUAUGGUCACCCUAAUUUAUGGUCAAACCAGUAACCGUUUCAUCCCUAGUUUCCAUUCACCACUAUAGAAGUUUACCCAACUAAUGAUUACCAGAACCACAGAAAUGUGAAAAAGGCUACUUAGCACUGUUCAAUGCAGUAAUUAACAAAUCUCAAAAUUAAUCUACAUUUCCGUACUGUGUUAUGAUGUUGUGAUGCUUAAAGGUGCUGUAUAUGAUUUUUUGUACUAAAACUGUACUAAAACCAAAAACGACCAUGUUUACAGAUAUAUAAGAAACAUGAAAAGCAAUGCUACAGCAAGUCAUUCUACUUAGAAAUGUGUGUUCCAUGUCGGAAUGUCUGUUUUUGUUUUGGUCUGUGUGAUUCCACGCUCAUCAGCUUACAGUGCAAGGCCUGUCUCCUUCAAUGGUCAAUUGCGCUCCUGCUGUGUGUCCUCAAUCUGGCAACCUGCAUUGAAUGUCAGUCAAAUCUGAGGAGGAGGCUCUCCAAUAUUUGGAAUUAGCUGUCAGAAUUACAUACUGAACUUUCAAAUUCACUUGUUGCAUUAAAAAAAAGAAAGUCUUUGGUGUAAUAUUUAUAUAAUUUAGGUAAAAUACUAUAGUGUUUUAAUAUCAGCCAUAACAUUAAUAUACUAUUUGGCUUAUUGGCUUAUCAGUAUAAUAAGUUACAGAAUUUCAAUAUCAGUCAAAUAUUAAAUUUUAACAUCUACUUAUUCACUCAUUUUGUUGUUGGUUUGCCAAAAGUUUCAACAUUUUUGCACACAAACGACAAAAUAUAAAUGUAGGUUUCCAGCUUAAUAACUGUUAUGUGACAGCCAUGUAGCAUACUACAGAAACAUUUAUCAUGUGUGUACUGUGUCACUGACUUGUACUGCACAGGAUUCAGGUAGUAAGCUAUUAUUCUAUUCUGAACAUAGCCUUUUAAAUUUUAAUUUUAGAUUAAAUUAUCCAUAUGAUUUGUCAUUAGAAACCCUUUGAAAUAAUAAUACUUUUUAAUAAUUAUUAUAUUAGUGCUACCAGUAUUAUUAAAAAAACGGAAUUGUAACUUAUUUGUAAAAUUUCAACUUUUAAUUUAGUGCAAUAUUUUGCAAUUGCAAAAUUUAAGUGCAUUUUUCACUAACAACUGCAACAGGAUUUAUAUGUAUACAUAAAUUACAAUUGUGACCAUCAACAUUUUUACUGAUUCUAUGGCAACACCGAACAAACUUUAGUCAUUAUGAAUUUAUAUAUUAAUACUAGACACCUUAAAGAUAACGUGGACUAAAGAUCUUUAUUUCUUUACUAGCUUCUCCUGGUGCACACAGGACAUUAACUGCUCUGGUCAUGUGACAAUUUGCACUAACCAUGUGAAACUGCACAUAGUCUAAUGUGACCUGUGAGAUUAAAUGGGUUAAUGAUUAGAUUAAAUACCACUAUAAUAGCCAAUAAACUAAUCUAAGAGGAGCAACAGCUGAAUGUUAUUCUAAUGAAAACUGGUUUAUCUCAUUUCUAUCUCAACUGUUGGUUUAUCUCAACAGUUCUCUGUCUGUUCUUCUGUUUUGGAAAAUAUUAAAAUAAGGGAUGUGUACAUACACUGGACACACGGUCCACUAGACCAGAAGGUCUGACUAGACCAAUUUGUCUACUUGAAUCUUUUUACGUUUGCUUGUUUUUCUCAGUUUGUAAAGUGUGUGAGAUAUUAAAAAUGAAAUGAAUAGUAUGAGAAUGACGUUCGCAUGGUCACAACUACAGGUGUAAAUCGAUUUGUUUUCCAAGUGUACUUAUUGAGUCAA